AUGGCCGGCGAGGGCGACCCACCUCCCGACCUCAAUAACCGGCAGGGCGAGGGCAGCGCAAGUGCUAGUUUCCUACGUGCUGCUCGUGCCGGAAAUCUUGAUAAAGUGUUGGAACUGUUGCGCGGCGGGACCGACAUCAAUACCUGUAAUGCGAAUGGACUGAACGCAUUACAUUUAGCAUCAAAAGAGGGUCAUAGCGAGGUCGUACGUGAGCUACUUAAACGUGGUGCACAUGUCGACUCGGCUACCAAGGUUUGUAUCUGUACAGUUGAGAAAAUUUUUGUGCAACAUUACGUCGAGUCUAAUAUAAACAAAGUAGAUAUGAAAUAGCU